GGUUAUCAUGUUGUUGAGUUGUUUAUGUUUAUGUUUGGAAAUUUGUAAACACUGCUGUUCAUUUCUUUAAUUUUAUAAAUACAUGGAUAUUUCUUAUUAAUUUGAUAAAAUGAGUCAUGGUUUAGUGCCCAGCAAAAGUACAGUUUACAUUUCUAAUUUACCUUUUGAUUUAAAAAAUAAUGAUUUGCAUAAAGUUUUUGAAAAACAUGGGAAGAUUGUUAAGGUCACAGUAGUGAAGGAUCGCCAUAGCAGAAAAAGCAAGGGCGUUGCAUUUAUUUUGUUUUUAAAACCGGAGGAUGCAUCCAUUUGUGUAGCAGAAACGAAUCUAAAAGAGAUGUUUGGUAGGACCCUAAAAGCAAGCAUAGCAAAAGAUAAUGGGCGAUAUGCAGAAUUUAUAAGACGAAAGGAAUAUCCAGAUAAAACUAGAUGUUAUGAGUGUGGCGAUUACGGCCAUCUAAGCUACAAAUGUUCGCGUAAUCUAUUAGGUGAAAGAGAUCCUCCUCCUAAAAAAGUGAGAAAGAGAAACAAAAAAGUCCAUGAACUAACUGAAGAAGAGAAACAGUAUUUUGCUAGUUCCGAUGAGGAAGAUGGAAAGCUUCCGCCUGACGAAGAAAGUUUGAGUGCAGCAAUUAAAAUAGAGCAAGAAAAACAUGAACUUGAAGAGUACCGAUUAAAAGUUGCCACUGGUUCUUAUGAGACAAGUGAUGAAUUACCCAAGAAAAGAAUCAAGAAAAGCACAUACUUUAGCGAUGAAGAGGAGAGUGAUUAAAUUAGUUAAAACAACUUAAAUUAACUUUAUUGACAUUCUCAAAUUUGUAUAAAAAUAUAAUUUUAAUAUAUCUACAUUAUGUACAUAUCACAAAUUA